GUGAUCCGGAGAAACAACCAAGAGGAGAAGCUGCUGUGCCUGGUGCGGCACCGGGCUGGUCACCACUGCCAGAACGCCGUCAUCAUCAUCCUCAUCCUGGCCUGGGAGGGAAUCCCUCGCACGCUGGGUGACACGCUGUACCAGGAGCUCACCGACACCCUCUCCAAGUACGGCAACCCCCCCAGCCGACGCUGCGGCUUCUCCCGCAGCCGGACCUGCGCGUGCCAAGGCAAGGAUCCCAACACCUGCGGCGCUUCCUUCUCCUUCGGCUGCUCUUGGAGCAUGUAUUUUAAUGGCUGCAAAUACGCCCGGAGCAAAACUCCCCGCAAGUUCAGGCUGGUGGGGGACAAUCCCAAAGAGGAAGAGCUGCUCCGGAAGAGUUUUCAGGAUUUGGCCACCGAGGUUGCUCCGCUUUACAAGAGGCUGGCGCCACAAGCCUACCAAAACCAGGUUACCAACGAGGACGUCGCGAUAGACUGCCGGCUGGGCUUGAAGGAGGGGAGGCCGUUCUCAGGAGUGACGGCGUGCAUGGAUUUCUGCGCUCACGCUCACAAAGAUCAGCAUAACCUCUACAACGGCUGCACGGUGGUCUGCACGCUGACGAAGGAAGACAAUCGCGUGGUGGGGAAGAUCCCAGAAGAUGAGCAACUGCAUGUCCUCCCCCUCUACAAAAUGUCCAGCACGGAUGAGUUCGGCAGCGAGGAGAACCAAAACGCCAAGGUGGGCAGCGGGGCCAUCCAGGUGCUCACGUCCUUCCCCCGCGAAGUCCGCAAGCUGCCCGAGCCUGCCAAGUCCUGCCGGCAAAGACAGCUGGAAGCCAGGAAAGCUGCUGCGGAGAAGAAGAAGCUGCAGAAAGAGAAGCUGAUGACACCGGAGAAGAUCAAGCAGGAAGCGCUCGAGCUCCCCAUGCUCCAGCAAAACGCAGGUAUGGCCUUGAAAAGCGGGCUACCCCCGCAGCCGCUGCAACCUUCCAUCAAGGUGGAGCCGCAAAGCCAUUACAACGCCUUCAAGUACAACGGCAACGCGGUGGUGGAGAGCUACUCGGUGCUGGGGAGCUGCCGGCCCUCCGACCCGUACAGCAUGAACAGUGUUUACUCUUACCAUUCCUACUAUGCACAGCCCAAUCUGCCUUCCGUGAACGGGUUUCACUCCAAGUUCGCGCUUCCCAACCUCAACCACGCGUACGGGAACGCCGAUUUCCCCGAGCCCAUCCCGCACAGCGUCCGGAGCAAAAACCAUCACCAGCGCACCUACGAGACCCGCUCCGCCAGCCAGCAGAAAACGGCGAUGGCGGCGGCAUCGGCCGGGGCACACAGGACUAACUCAGGCUCGGAGGAC